AUGGUAACAUCAAGCAACAACACAACUUAUGAUGAUUCGAAUCAAGAUGUGAUGGUAACAUCAAGCAACAACACAGCUGAUGAUGAUUCGAAUCAAGAUGUGACAGUAACAUCAGCCAACAACACUGCUGAUGCUGGUUCGAAUGAAGAUGUGACGGUAACAUCAAGCAACAACACAGCUGAUGAUGGUUCGAAUCAAGAUGAGACGGUAACAUCAACCAACAAUGCAGCUGGUGGCAGUCCUGCAGGGCCACGUCGGCCUGUCAUGCUCAAAUGGAAAGAUGGCCUUCAUAGCAAAUUUCUGGAGGCCGUUGAAUUCCUUGGCGAACGAAAGGCUCUGCCCAAGGCGAUCCAACGGUUCAUGCGAGUGGACGGCUUAUCAAGAAAACAAAUAUCCAGCCAUCUGCAGAAGUACAGAAGACAAAUGAGAAAGCUUAAGAAAAAGGCCGCUAAAGCCGAAUUGGCAAAAGAAAAUAGGAACGACAUUUCUGCAUCAUCUACUAGCUGCGACCCACUAGAUUCUUACAAAACCAAACAGCUGAACAUGGAAAAUCUGUUUAAAUCCCAAGAAGCUGCGGAUUUUCUACGGGCCUGUUGCCUUUGA